CGGUGGGCGUGUCCACGGCGCUGUUGACUCACGGAAGCCAUUAUUGAGGGUGGGUUUCAUCAGUUAGUUCUGAUGACGGACACGGACACGGACUGUGGAGCGGUUUAACACAUGAAGGUAACCCACUGACCCCCGUCACCAUGGUGAUCUUGAACCCCUUAUUCAGGCUGCACGGCCUGUUCGUGGCCUCGCAUCCUUUAGAGGUGAUCGUGGGAACGAUCGCCGUGACGAUCUGUCUCAUGUCCAUGAACGCCAUCGCUGGCGGCGACCGAAUCUGUGACUGGAAGCACCAGUGCCCUAAAGCACAAGAGAAACUUCUGAGCAGCGACAUCAUCAUCUUGACGGUCACCAGGUGCACGGCCAUCAUCUACAUCUACGUGCAGUUUAAAAACCUGAGGCAGCUCGGCUCCAAGUACAUGCUGGGCAUUGCUGGACUCUUCACCGUGUUCUCCAGCCUCGUCUUCAGCAUCGUGGUCAUUCAUUUCCUAGGCAAAGAGCUCACCGGACUCAAUGAAGCGCUGCCUUUCUUCCUGUUGCUGAUCGAUCUGUCCAAAGCCUGCACGCUGGCGAAGUUUGCUCUCAGCUCAAACUCUCAGGAGGAGGUGAGGGAGAACAUUGCUCAGGGCAUGGCCAUCCUGGGGCCCACCUUCACCCUGGAUGCCGUGGUGGAGUGCCUGGUGAUCGGAGUAGGAACCAUGUCCGGCGUGCGGAAGCUGGAGCUGGUGUGCUGUUUCGGCUGCAUAUCCGUCCUGGCCAACUACUUCGUCUUCAUGACCUUCUUCCCUGCCUGCGUCUCUCUGGUGCUGGAGCUUUCCAGAGAGAGUAGAGAGGGGCGACCCAUCUGGCAGCUGAGCCAGUUCGCUUGUGUCCUGAAGGAAGAAGAAGACAACAAGCCAAACCCUGUCACACAGCGUGUUAAAAUAAUCAUGUCUCUGGUGCUGGCGCUGGUUCACACACACACGCGUCUGCUAUCCGAGUCUCAUUCCAGUAACUCCUCCAGCUCUGCGGUGGAUCUGCACAGCCCGAACCUGGACACACACACGCCCAUGACCAGUUUGGACAUGGAGCAGGUCAUCACUCUGUCUUUAGCUCUGUUGCUGGCCGUGAAGUACGUCUUCUUUGAGCACAACGAGACCGAGUCGUCCUUGUCAAUCAAAACCCCACAGACCUUCCUGUCCAAUAGGAGAGCAGGAGAGGAGUGCUGUAGGAGGGAUGUAGCUUUACCCAGAACGCCACACAUGGUGAACGCCAGCACAGGUCCAGGUCAGAUUUGCACUGCAGACACCAGAGAUAAAGAGACUCAGCAGCAGCAGGCCGCGUCGUGUCCUUCAGCUCAGAGACGUCCAGCAGAGGAAGAGUCAGAGGAAAGAGAAGCACCUUUCCCUAAAACUUCACCCCAUCCUCGUCCUCUGAGCGAGUGCCUGAGCAUCCUCAGAGACCCGCAGCAAGGAUCACGUUGUCUGAGUGACGCUGAAGUAAUAGCGCUGGUGGAGAACAAGAGCAUUCUGGGAUACCGCCUGGAGGCGGAGCUGGAGGCUCCAGAAAGGGGCGUGGCUAUACGGCGGGCGAUGCUAGUGCCUAAGUUGCCCCGCCCCUCAGCCCUGGAGAACCUCCCCUACACAGGCUAUGACUACUCCAAGGUGAUGGGCACAAACUGUGAGAACGUGAUUGGCUAUGUGCCAAUACCAGUGGGUGUGGCCGGACCUCUGCUAUUGGACGGGAAGGAAUUCUACGUUCCCAUGGCGACGACGGAGGGCUGUUUGGUGGCCAGCACCAAUCGAGGUUGCAGGGCCAUCACUCUCUCAGGUGGAGCGAGUGCCCGUAUCCUGGCUGAUGGUAUGACUCGUGGUCCAGUUGUACAGUUGCCGUCAGCGUGUAAAGCUGCAGAGGUGAAAUCCUGGUUGGAGAGUUCUGAUGGCUUCAAUGUGAUUAAACACACAUUCGACAGAACCAGCAGGUUUGCUCGGCUCGACAAGCUGCAGGUGUGUCUGGCUGGCAGGAGCCUCUACAUCCGCUUCCAGUCUGAGACCGGCGACGCCAUGGGCAUGAACAUGCUGUCUAAGGGUACAGAAGAGGCAUUGCACAGACUGCAGCAACAGUUUCCUGACCUCCGUGUGUUAGCGGUCAGCGGAAACUACUGCACCGACAAAAAAGCCGCAGCCAUCAACUGGAUCCACGGCCGAGGAAAGUCCACCGUGUGCGAGGCCACGAUUCCAGCUAAAGUGGUGCUAGAGGUGCUGAAGACGAGCACUGCGGCUCUGGUGGAGCUGAACAUCAGUAAGAACCUGGUGGGUUCUGCGAUGGCCGGCAGUAUAGGAGGCUUUAACGCACAGGCCGCUAACAUCGUAGCAGCGAUGUACAUCGCGUGUGGACAGGACCCAGGACAGACAGUAGGCAGCAGUAACUGCAUCACUCUAAUGGAGGCUGUCGGGCCGGGCGGAGAGGAUCUGUGUAUUUCCUGUACGAUGCCGUCUAUAGAGCUGGGCACCAUCGGAGGAGGCACAAACUUACCACCACAACAAGCUUGUUUACAGAUGCUGGGAGUACAGGGCGCGAGUGCAGACCAUCCCGGGGAAAACUCGCGCACUUUGGCGCAGGUGGUGUGUGCGGCGGUGAUGGCAGGAGAACUCUCGCUCAUGGCUGCUCUCGCUGCUGGACACCUCGUCAAGAGUCACAUGACUCUGAACAGAUCAAAGGUCAACCUUUCAGAAAUGUCCGGAUCGACGAGGAAGAAUCCGUCCUGAUGGUGUGUUCUGUGAAACAGGAAUCUUUGCUAGCUACAACAUGACGCUUUUUUAAAGCCAGCAGAAAGCAUGUGGACUCCAGCGCAGGGAGAGAGAGAGAGAGAGAGAGAGAGAGAUGGAGAAAUAAAUCCUUCUGAAAUCCAUGUUUAUGCUUCAGAAGCAGCUUUGCACUAGUGUUUGGACAGCGACGAAUGUCUGUACGCCGUAACCGCGAAGUGUCGCGACGGUAUCAUGCUACGUCCGGUGAGCGAGAAGGCGCCGGAUUCCUUUAAGCAGGAAAACUGAACGCUGCAGUGAUGUAGCAACAUCACUACUACACUCUAAUGCUGUGGUACGCUAACUUCUGAAUCCGUUAAAAGAUCCGUUGCUUCCUGUGUGUGUGUGUGUGUGUGUGUGUGUGUGAGAGAACGUGCUAAAGGUCAGCAUGUGAAAUUAAAGUGUGUUUAAUUCACUGGAUCAGAAACAAAAUGGAAUCUUGGGUGAACAAACACACAACAUGAACAUACUAUUGUUGUGUGUGUGUGUGUGUGUGUGUUAAAUAAGGAAUUAAAGGUGGUCACAGUUUGUUUUA